UCAAACAGUUUUCAUUCAGAGACUCACUUUCUAUCUGUUAGCAUAAGAUAAUGAAGUGGGGAAGAAAGAAAGUUUAUAAUUCCAAGUCGUCUUCUUCUUCUUCUUCUUCUUUGAUCUCUCAUGUCUUUCCCAUCUCAUGGCUUUCUAAGUUCAAGCAAAAGAGUAGAGACGUGGAACCAAAACCGGGUAAAGUGAAGGGCGUCGACGCCAGGUGGAAUUCGGCCUGCGUAAGUUCGCAAACAUGUGGUAAUGCUAGAGGAGGAGGUAGAUUCUAUGGCAGGGAAGGUGAUGAUUUCUGGAGAUUAUCAUUUGGCGAAGAGGGUUUUGAGGGGAAGAGUAGUAGGAGUGUUUUAAGCUCGGAUUGGUUUAAUUCUCAUGAUGAGUUUGACGUUCCGCCUUCAACUUGGCAGAGUUCUGGAUCAAAAGCUACAACGUUAAUGGGAAAAGAAGAGAUUCAGAUGUUUGACAACUUGAGUUUGAAUUCAAGGAAGAUUAGAGAGUCGUCAAGAGAUGGGGAGAUUUUUCCUGGAAUGGAUGCAUGUAAAAGUGAAGUACAUGAAGCAAUUAUCAAGACGCCUAGAGUGAAAACUGAAAAGAAAUUGAAGAAAAUAAAUCCAAGAGUUUCAAGGAGUUCAAAUGAAAGAGAAGAGAAAUCAAGAAAAUCAGUUGCAAAAGACAACUUGGAAUUUGAACAGCCAAGAACAAUUCAAAUGAUGCAGAGAGAGAAUUGCAAAUUAACGAGUGCUGAUUUAGAGAAACGGCGUCAUUUCUCUUCAAGAAUGUCAAAAAAUUGUAAUUUCAUAGCUGAAGAAGAUGGUGUACAUGCAGGACGGAGUUUAAAUGGAAAUUAUGGAACUUCUGUAGAGAAAAUGAGUUCAGAGUGGGAAGAAUUGAAACAGAUGAAGAUCAAAGAGCUAAAGUCAAAGAAUGAGAACCAGAGGAAAUCUAUGUACAUUAGCAGAGAAUUGCAGAGACAAAGAACGAAACAGAGUAGCAGGGUGAAAGUUUCCUCUCCAAGAAUAAAGGCCCUUGAAGACAUGAAGAAAGCCAAACUGAAGAUGAGGAAGGGAAAAGAGAAAACAAUGGAGGGAGGAACAGACCUAGAGAGCUUUGCUGUGGUGAAAACCUCAUUUGAUCCGCAAAAAGACUUCCGAGACUCGAUGAAUGAGAUGAUCAUGGAGAAGAAGAUCAGCCAGCCAGAAGAACUCGAAGAGCUCUUGGCGUGCUAUCUGACACUGAAUUCCGAUGAAUACCAUGAUCUCAUCAUCAAGGUUUUCCGGCAGGUAUGGUAUGACAUGGACCAGGCUUGCUUUGACAAUGAAUUAAAGAAUGAAAAUUAUUUCCAUAAUUAUUAACUAAUGGUCAGCUAAUG